AUGUUAUUCGAAUACCCACAACAACCUGCCUUUAUCCAAAAGUAUGAACUAAUUAAACAAUUCUUCGUCUAACUCCAAUAAGUCAGACAUUGUGAGUAAGCAGCUGUCCCAGCUUAGAAAAUAGAUAGACAACAAGAAUUCGAUAAAUAAAAUUCAAAAGCAUAAAUAACUGAGGAAUCUCUUAAGUACGAUGAUUCAACAACUUCCAGACAAGUACCAAGACAAAGAAGAGCUGUCUAUAUCACAAAGAAAUAAGAACAAAGAAAGUCAAAAGAUAUUGCCACACUUCCAAUAAGACCAUCAGAUAUCAUGAUGAUUGAAUAAUAAAAAGAAAAGAUUGAUCAAUUUUGUUAAGAUAAUAAGAUACUCUAUGAAAACAACAUAGAAUGCAUGUACAUCAUUAAAAAGAUGGCUAAAAUGAUUAAAAAACUCAAAUCAUAAUCAUGUCAAGAUCACAUCAAUAGUAUUGAGCAUUUAUAAUUGAAAUUGAGAAUUAAGGAUGCUGAAAUUGCGAAGAAGAAUGAAUGCAUUCAAUAAAUAAGAGAAAAAUACAAUCAAAUGAUGAAAGUUAUUGAAGAACAUACAAUAUAGGAAGAACAACAAUGGCAAGAAUUGUAAGCAUAACAAAUUGAAUUAGAGACAGAGAAUCUCUUUCUGAGGAAACUUCUAUCAGUAAAUUUUAACGAUGAUUAAAUAAAAUAGUUAGAAUAACAAUAAAAUGAAGUAGAAUUGUAAUUCUUUGAUAACUUUUGCAUAUCAAGAAAAGACUUAGAUAAAUAAGCAAUUCUAGAAUAUGAGAAAAUGUUGUAAAAUAGAAAAUCAUAGAUUGAGCAAUAAUAUGUUGAUUGGAACAUGGCUCAAAUAAACUCACAAUAUUAAAAUCAAUAACCUAUGCAUUAGCCUUUGUAGGAUUUGUAUGCUGAAGAAAAGGAAAUGAUGAUGAAAAAACAAUCGAAUCAACUUAUGAGUAAAGAAGACAAAUAGAGGAUAAUGGAUGACUUGUUGAAACCAAUUAGUUCUAACAAGUAGUAACAGAUUAAUGUCUAAGAAGUUAAAUAAAAGUAGUUAGAUAUACUUGCUGGAUCAUCAUCAAAUAGUUCAUUACAAAAGAAACAAUCAUAGGAUUAAUCUCAAUAAUAACCAAAGAAAUUAGCCAUAGAUAUUGAUACUAAGGAAAGCAUUCCUGAAUCUGUUGGAAAAGAGAGUCAGGCAGAAAAUAAGCUGUCAUCUAAAGAGUAGUUAUUAAGUUCUCUAAAUUAAGGCAUGGGAAAAACUGAUACAAAAAACAUCUCAUUAGAAAAGGAGGGUGAUUAGGUUAUCACGUAUAAUCCUAAAAAUCACAUGUAAGAUAUAGAGUUUAAGAAUAGGUUUACAAAUCCUUAAACAAUUAUGUAUGAUGGAGAUGAUUAUAUGGAAGACGAUGACGAAGAUGAUGUGCAAGUCUAUCAAAAAAAUAUUUAAUUAGCAAAGUAAGUAAUUGCAAAAGCCUACUCUUACUAAAACACAAAAGAAUUAAGAACUAUAAUAUUAGUGAUGUUGUUAUGA